AUGUCAAUUUAUCACUUGAGAUGUGAAAGAGUCGAGGAAAGAAAAGAGAAGAAAAUCAAAGAUCAUCAAGAAACCGUUUCGAAACAGAUUUCUGAAAACAGAAGUAAAAAAUUAAACACUUUAAGAGCAGAGAAAUCUAAAUUAUUGUCAAACAUUCUCAUCUUUCUCUUUAAUUUUCUUUAUUCAGUUUGUGAAUGCAAUGGCCAUGCCAGACAAUGUCGCUUCAACAUGGAACUAUUUAAGCUUUCCGGUCGCGUAUCUGGCGGAGUUUGUAUUGGAUGUCGUCAUGCAACAACAGGACGAAACUGUCAUUACUGCAGAGAAGGUUUCUCUCGUGAUCCAACAAAGCCAAUAACACACCGAAAGGCAUGUAAACACUUAAAGCCAUUAGGACAACAGUCUCAGGACGAUGAAACUUUUAACAAAGUUUGA